AUGUCAUCUACACCCAAGAAACAGCUCACCUGGCUCAUCACCGGCUGCUCCUCCGGCUUCGGCCUGUCCCUCGUACGCUUUGCUCAAGCCGGCGGCCACCGAGUCAUCGCCACGUCGCGUAAUCCCUCGCGGACCCCCGAGCUGGUGACCGAGGUCGAAAGCAAGGGCGGCAAAUGGAUUGUCCUGGACGUCGACAGCCCUGCCAGCGGGGACGUAAUCACACAACUAGAGGCUGCCGGCGAAGAAAUUGAUGUCCUCGUCAACAACGCAGGAUUUUCAAUCUUUUCCCCCGUCGAGACGGCCACCGAGGCAGAAAUGCGCGCGCAGAUGGAAACCAUGUACUUCGGUCCUCUGCGACUGAUCCGCGCGGUGCUGCCGCAUAUGCGUCGGCGCCGGUCCGGCACCAUCGUCAAUAUGAGCAGUGGUGCCUCGCUGGAUGGACGGGCUACCAUGGGACCGUAUGCCGGGGCCAAGGCAGGCUUGGACGGUCUCACGAGAGUCCUCGCAAAGGAGGUGUCGCCUUUUAACAUCCGGACCCUAACGGUGGUGCUGGGGACAUUUAACACGAACAUGCCUAAUGUGUGCUUGGUUGGGGAGAUACCUAUGCACGAAGAUUACCACGGAACUGUCUCGGACCAGAUGAUGCGGUUUUUAACGAGCGGGAAUUUCAAACCCAAUGGCGACAAGGAUAAGGCCAUGAAGGCUCUGUACGAAGUGGUGGUGGGCGAGGGCGUGGGAGAAGGACACCAGGGCGAGCAGUUGUUGCUGUUAGGCAGCGAUAUGACUCCACGAGCUAAAGGCGUCCAGGAAUACUUGGGACAAGCCUUGGAGGUAUUUGGUCCGGUCACCAACGGCGUAGAUCUCGAGUAG